GCCGAGUAGACAAUGUGAACCGACAGUCGGCGGCGUCGAAGACGUUCCUUUCCCUCUUAAAUGGCGCUCCUAAAUCUAUUUUCACCCUCUGUCCGGCCAAUUGUCCGCUUGUCCGCGAGUGUGUCUCCCGUGUCCGUCCGUUCGUCCGUCAAAUUGUCAGUCCGUCCGGAUUCGUUUGUGUCCACCUCUGUCUAGCCGUCAGUUUGCGGUGCGCUUUCAGUUUUAGCAUUUACUUCUAGCAUAGCUGGCAUUUUUGUAGCAAUUCGUGUCUAUAUGCGAAUACAAUCCAACUAUCUUCAUGCGAAUACGUGGAGUAUUGGCCAUGUAUCUGAUGUUCCUCCGCCUGCUACUCCACUGCACCACCGGUCACACAUUGCCUCAGCGACACAGCCCCCAGCACAAGAGAAUGAUCGAUCCCCGUGAGCUCUUAAACGAUUUUGCUGCAAUCAAGGAACCAGGAACCAGCGAAGUUGCUCCAAAGAAUUCUGCUAGAUCAAUUGCUUUGUACAAUGCUGGUGGAGCGAUGUCAGGAUCAGGAGAAGGAACCGCACCGGGACCGGGAACAGAUAAUUCCAAGUCGGCCUCCAAUAAGCAAUGCGAUCCGCAGGCAAAGUGCAAUGUAAAGACGAUCAUAACCCCCGGAGAUCCCAAGCAGAAAUCCUCAAUGAUCGCAAUGAAAGCUGCACAGGAUGCAAAGGCGGCCAGUGAAGCACAAUCGGCCGCUGGCCAGGCUGCUGCCCAACACAUUAAGAUGGAACUCGCUGAGAAGGCCUUUCAAUCGGCCAAGGCGGCCGAGGCUGCUCUGAUGGGCAAACAGAUGAUGGUCGAUCAACUGGAGCAGGAAGUCCAGGAAGCUAGUGCCGUUGUCGAGGAGGAGUCCAAUUCGAUCCACCACACGGAGGCCAAUAUGAAUGCCGCCGUUGAAGCUGUCAAAGUGGCCGUGCAGCAAUUCGAAACCAUCAAUGAACUGCAGAAGACCGCCAGGGAGUCACUGACCAAUAUUCAGACGGUGGCCAUGGGAUCGCAACAGGAAAUGGCCGCCAAGACACAGCUCCUGGAAGCGGCUCGCAACCGGAUGGCCAUGCUCCAAAAGCAACUGGUGAGUGCCCACGACGACUAUGAGAAGACCAAGCAGGCCGCCUACAAGGCUGCCUGUGCCGCCGUGGAAGCCAAACAGAGGGCUGGACCACCUGUACCACGUUACUAUAUUUUUUAAAUAAAUAUACCUUGGUGCAGCUUUAUUAUGCAAUUGAUCCAACAAAAUUAUUUCCAUUAAACUUUCAUGCUAG